AUGGGGGGGGGCGGGGGCCGCGGGCAGAGGCGCCCAGCAGACGGCGCGCGGGGGUGGCUCAGGUCCAGACUCGGGGCCGGCGCGGACACGGUGGGCUGCUGCUCCGGCCGCUGCGCGCCCAUCUUCCUCCGCGCUUUCCAGCUGGUCGCUGCCCUGGAGCGGCAGGUGUUUGACUUCCUGGGCUGUCAGUAGGCGCCCAUCCUGGCCACCUUUGUCCACAUCGUUGUGGUCAUCCUGGGGCUCUUUGGGACCAUCCAGCACUGGCCUCGCUAUGUCGUGGUGGUGACUGUGUGGGCCGCCGUCUGGGUUACCUGGAACGUCUUCAUUAUCUGCUUCUUCCUGGAGGUUGGGGACUGUCGAAGCAGCGAGCUCCUGACCUUCAACCUCUCCCGCGGCUCCUGGUGGCAUGAGCAUGGCCCGGGCUGCCCGCGAGCCAGCCCUCUGACGAUUGUUCUGGAGGGCUUGGAGGGCGAGCCCUCAGCUGGCUGGCCUGUGGUCUGCCUGGUGAGGAGAGAACCUGCCAUGGAGGCAGAAAGCCUAGUGUUGGUAGAGCGGGGUCUGCAGCCCCUGGCCUUCGUCUACACCUGCUACAUGGUCGGCGUUUUCACCGAGGAGGACAGCUUGGAUUUCAUUGGUGGAUCUGACCCACUUCCUCUCCACCACGUCAAGGAGAAGCCUUCCAGCCUCUUGUUCGAGCAGGCGCACUAG